GAACUACAGAUUAUUUAUUACUUGCAAAUUCUCUAGAUUUAAUUCGAUAAAUAUAUUUUUUUAAUGAACUUGAUAUUAUUUCCGUAAAUAUAACCUUCGACCUAAAAUCACAGCCAAUGAGAGUGUCCUUUUUGCAUGAGUGACAUGACUUCUAUCCAAUCGAAAAAGAAGAAGGAAAAAAUCGAUGGUGGAAAUAUACUAAACAAACGGCUGCACAUUUCAUCCAAUCACAAGGCAGGAAAAUGUUUUGGGGCGGAACCAAGGACAAUGGAGGCGGGGCUUUUACGUCCAUCUUUAAUGUAGCGCCUCUACUGAGGGAGAGUGACGAGAAGAAGAAGAAGAAAAAAAAUAGAUGUUUUGAAAUAUUUGAAAAUAUUUUGUCCGAAUCAUUUUUGUCGGGGAUUAAAGACAAAGAUAUAAACAAGCAAUAUACAUAUUUGAGGAAAAGGACAGAAGGUAUGAAGACAGCAUCAUAGCCGAGCCAUGGCCGAUAAGAGAAAACUCCAAGGUGAAAUAGACCGGUGUUUGAAAAAAGUGGCAGAGGGGGUGGAACAGUUUGAGGACAUUUGGCAAAAGCUCCACAACGCAGCCAACGCCAACCAGAAGGAGAAAUACGAAGCUGACCUCAAGAAGGAGAUUAAAAAGCUCCAGAGACUCCGAGACCAGAUUAAGUCAUGGGUGGCGUCCAACGAGAUCAAAGACAAACGGCAGCUAGUGGAGAACCGGAAGCUCAUCGAGACGCAAAUGGAGCGCUUUAAAGUGGUAGAGCGGGAGACCAAGACCAAGGCGUACUCUAAAGAAGGACUGGGUUUGGCUCAGAAGGUGGAUCCGGCGCAGAAGGAGAAGGAGGAAACGGAGCAGUGGCUCACGAACACCAUCGACACACUGAACAUGCAGGUGGACCAGUUCGAGAGCGAGGUGGAGUCUCUGUCCGUUCAGACCAGGAAGAAAAAAGGAGACAAGGAUAAGCAGGAUCGUAUCGAGGAGCUGAAGAAGCUGAUUGAGAGACACCGGUACCACAUCCGCAUGCUGGAGACCAUCUUAAGGAUGUUAGACAACGACUCGGUGCAGGUGGAGGCGAUCCACAAGAUAAAGGACGACGUGGACUACUACAUCGACUCCUCGCAGGAUCCCGACUUUAAGGAGAAUGAGUUUCUGUACGACGACCUCGACCUCGAAGACAUCCGUAAGCGUUGCCGGCGUCGAUGUUUUGUAGAACCGUUUCGGGAUUAUUUAUUUAAAAUUUUUUUUUUUUUUAAAUGUAUCCACCAUUCCAUUUCUCUCUCUUUCCGUCUCCAUUUAGCGAUGUUGGCGACAUCUCCGCAGGGACACAACGAUGAUGAGAUGAGUACUCCGACCUCCACGACGUCGUCCUCUCCUGUACCGCCGUCUCCGGCCACGGCUACCGCGGAGAUCCCAGAAGAGGAGAAGAAGAGAGGCCGAUCUACUGACGGCGAAGUGAGCCAGUCACCUGUGAAGAGCAGCAACCCCCUGUCGUCUUUCUCCUCCUCUUGCUCCUCCUCCUCAGGCUUUUCGUCUUCUUCCACCUCCUCCCUCGUUUCCAUGGCAGCUGUUGUUGGGGGAACGGCGUCGGUUUCCGGGGGCAACACUCUCCUGGGCAGUUUCAGCAGCGCCGUCCAGCAGCAUCCGCACAGCAAGCUGUCCUCAUCUUCGUCGUCGUCGUCAUCUUCCUCCUCCUCUUCCUCCUCCUCCUCCUCAGUGACGUCCAGCAGCACGUCCAGCCCACCCAGCCACCCUAACUUGCCCUCGUCCACCACCCCGUCAGCUCUUCCCUCUUCUAACUCUCAGCCGCUGAUGUCAGGAGGGCUUAACGUGGGCAAAGUGGGCACGGCUGUGACCAGCAGCAGUAUGCCGGGCAACAUGGCUGCCGCCGCCACCGUGAUUUCGAGCUCGAUGCCCACUCCUUAUGCCCAGGCGGCAGCCGGAAGCGGCCCGGGCGGACCCACGGGAAAUAACAGCGGCACCGUUUCAGCGGUGGGCGGAGCAAGCGUUAACACUAAUUCCACGCCGAACGCUAACGGGACGCUUCCGAUGAGCUCCAACGGGGGCGUUUUAGGCCUCGUACCAGCGCAGCCGACGCACCAGGGAGCAGUACAGUUACCCAUCAGCCCAUCGGUGGGCACGGUGCCAGGGGGCGGAGCCAGCAUGGGCGCUGGAAACGGGGGCAGUACAGCGUCAUCAGGGGGCAUCAUGGGUAACGUGGCACCUGCCCGACCGCCCAGUGUGGUGAAACAAAAUGGAGGAACAAAUCCUCUAGCGUACAGUGCGGUGGUGGCCGACAGCAGCUCGGACUCCUCCCUCAGCAGUGCCAGCCUAUCACAGAGCAGCCAGCCCUCUUCCACCGGCUCCUUGGCCAAUCAAACUCUGGAUAACGGGCCGACCCUGCUGAGCUCCAUCACUCUGCCUCCCUCCUCUCAAUCUCCGUCGUUUUCAGACAGCGCCCCCGGUGGUGGGAGUUUGCUGAACGGCCCGCACUCCUACACACCUGGCCCAGACCCCAUAAAGGCUCCUGAGCCUCUGAGCUCUCUGAAGGCGAUGGCUGAGCGAGCAGCUCUAGGUUCUGGACUGGAUGGAGAAAUCCCACCACUUCAUCUGACAGAACGAGAUUUGUUUUCGGCAUCCUCCUCCGCCCCUGGCCCACCGGUUCCCCCCCAGCCUGCUGUGACGGAGGUGAAUCUUCCUCCUACUCUGGGGGCGUGUCCUCUAGGCCCCUCCCCUCUCAGUAAAGAGCAGCUGUAUCAGCAGAUCAUGCAGGAGGCAGCCUGGGGGCACAUGCCCCUCCCGUCAGACUCGGAAAGGAUCAGGCAAUACGUGAUGAGGACUCCGUGCCCUCUUUUACCUUUCCACCAUCACACUCCUCCUCAUCACUGCGACUCCAUUGACUUCUACCAGAGACUCUCCACCGAGACCCUGUUUUUCAUCUUCUACUACCUGGAGGGCACGAAGGCUCAGUAUCUCUCAGCGAAAGCCCUGAAGAAGCAGUCUUGGAGAUUCCACACUAAAUACAUGAUGUGGUUCCAGAGACACGAGGAACCCAAGACCAUCACCGACGAGUUCGAACAGGGAACUUACAUUUACUUUGACUAUGAAAAAUGGGGCCAGAGAAAGAAGGAGGGCUUCACGUUCGAGUACAGAUACCUGGAGGACCGAGACCUGCAGUGACAGAGGGAACGAAUGAGUGAGAGAGAGAGAGAGAGAGAGUGAGAAAGAGAGAUGGCUACGACGGCAGCUGUUGACAUUCCAGGAGAGGAGUGCAGUCCACGCUGUGAGGAGUGUAAAGUAGGGCUUCAUCAGUGAGUGAGAGAGAGAGAGAGACAGGGUCGAGUGACUGUUUACACACAACGAAAACUCUUUCAAUUAAAUGCCCCCCUUCUUUUAUCAUCUAAAUAAGCAGAAAAAAGUAUAUUAUAUAUAAAAAAAUUUUUUAAAAAAAAGGUCUUUUGCAAUGGCAUUAAAGAGCAAAAAGCGUCGCUGUUUGUUUGUGCUUUACGAAACGGGCUUUUUAAAGGCCGGCUCUCAGAACCCAACACGAGCACAAACACACAGGACACGCUUUCUAAUAUUUAAAACAUAUGUUUUUUUUCCCCCUGUGAGUCAGAAUUCAGCAAAACAGUUUUAAAUAAAAAGAAGUUAAAUCAAUCCGGACAGCGCUAAACAGAGCUCGGACACAUCCAGGAGGGCGAAGACGGAAAACGGAAAACGAGUGGACACAUUAAAUUGCUAUGCAAUUGAACUCUUCUCGGCCUGCGUCACCUAAACGCCGUUAUUAUGAUGAUGAUGAUUAUUAUUAUUACUGGCCGCCCUCGUUUUUUUUCCCUGUUUGUUUGUUUGUUUUUGUAGCAUCUUUUAUCUCCAGAGAGAGUGUGUGUGUGUGUGUGUGUGUGUGUGUACGCGGGAAAGGUUUUACACGCACGUGAUUCCGGUGUUGGUUGAACAACGACACGAGGAAGUCAAAUGAAUUCUAAAAAUACAUUUUAAAAAAAAAAAAAAAAAAAGCAUUUGAAAA